AUGCCUUAUAGUAAAGAGGAAAGUAUGACGUAUGCUUCGUUACAACAACCGCUGCCACUAGCACAGGAGGGCAACUUGGCAACGAAUUGGCGAGAGUGGAAAUCAGCAUUUGACUAUUUCCUAAUUGCUUCGGGAAGAGAAACGGCAUCUUCUAGAGAGAAGUGUGCAUUAUUUAUGCAUGUUAUCGGCAAACAAGGACGUGAAAUAUAUGAGGAGCUUGACAUCAGUGAAGUGGAAAGUCAUGACUACAACACAUUGUGUCAAAAGUUUAAUGAGCACUGUGACCCAAAAACAAAUAUUAAUUAUGAAAGGCAUGUAUUUUUUGAAAGUUAUCAAAAUGAACAAAACUUCGAAAAGUUUUUGGGAUCUCUGAAAAUAAAAGCUAAAAAUUGUGAAUUUGGAUCUUUAAAAAACAGUCUUAUUUUGACACAGCUGAUUCGUGGCCUGAACGAUGGGCAAAUGAGAGAAAAACUUUUGUCUAAAGCGACCCUAACGCUAGAAGAGGCAAGUGGAUGGUGCAGAGCAGCAGAAAGGGCUGGCGAGCAAGCAGCAGCGUGCAGUUCACGACAAACAUGUGUAAGUAAUACCGUGGAAUACAUGCAGUCAAGAUACAAGCGCAUGCCGAACAAAACCACAUUGAGGAAUGUGAGCAAUCCUAUACGUGAUCAAGACCGUCAGCGAACUACUCAUGAUUUUCGUUAUAAACGCGACGAGAAAUCGAUGAACGUUGGCUAUCAUACUAGGAAUAAAUUACGGGGUAAUAAUAACAAUUGCAAUAAGUGUAAUUUAGGACAUGGUGUUCGUGUUAAGUGCCCGGCCUAUGCAGUAAAAUGUUACCGAUGUGAUAAAGUAGGUCAUUAUGCAAAGUGUUGUCGCGCGCGUUUUGCACGGGAAGUGUUGGACGCUGACGGCACGGGUAAUGGUAUUCAUGAUGAGGAGGAUUGUAGUGAGCACAGUGAUGUAGACAAUGGUGAGUUGUUAAUGUAUAAUAUAUCUAUCGAGGCUUCAGAUAACUCUCGAGAGUCAUGGUAUUCUAAUAUUAAAGUAAAUGGAGUAAUUGUAAAGUUUAAGUUAGAUAGUGGCGCAGACGCUUCGGUUAUGUCGCUAAAUUGUUACCAAAAAGCUGGCUUUGAUAUAAAAAAAUUAAAAAAAUGUAAUAUUGUUUUACGAGAAAUAAGUAAGAAAAGAUUACCUGUUGUUGGUUAUUUUAAGGCUCUACUUCAAAGUAAUAAAUACAGCAUUUUUCAAAAUGUUUAUGUAUUGAAUGUAAAUUGCAAUAACUUAUUGAGUUUGAAGGCAUGUGUUAGUUUAAAAUUGUUAACCAGAAUCAAUAAUUUAACACUGAGUAAUGUAAAUAUUGAUGAGGAUGUAUUUGAGGGUCUAGGUUGUUUGCCUUUUUCAUGUAAAAUUAUCACAGAUCCAAAGGUUCCGCCGGUAGUAAAUGGAGUACGAAAAAUACCAAUAAAAUUGCGUCCUAGAUUGAAAGAAGAGUUAAAUAAAAUGGAAGAGCUUGGUGUUAUUAAAAAAGAAGAGGGCCCGACUGACUGGUAUAAACCAGGAAAAUUACUAUUUAUAGCAGAUACUCUAUCGAGAUCGGCUACGCAAAAGGGCCAAGAUGAUUUAAGCGACAAGGUUAUGAUACACGAGAAUAUGACGUUUGAAAACGUUGAAGCGUCGAUGGAUAUGUUGCAGAGAAUAAAAAAGGAAACUCACAACGAUCCAGUCAUGAUAGCACUGGGGGAGUAUUAUCAAAAAGGAUGGCCUUUUAAUAAAAAGCAAGUCUCUGAACUUGUAAAACCCUACUGGAAUGUACACAAUGAGUUACAUAUGAUUAGAGGAGUCUUAUUUAGAAAUAAUCGUAUUGUUAUACCCCUGUCCUUACGGAAAGAAAUGCUGCGCCGUAUACACGAAGGGCAUUUAGGGGUUGAAAAAUGUCAACGUCGUGCACGCGAUGUAAUGUGGUGGCCGGGUAUGUCGGCAGAUAUUACGUGUGUUGUGCAGGGGUGUGAUACGUGCCAGCGACAUCAAGCCGCUGCGCCGCGCCAGCCUCUUGCGCCGCAUCCAGUGCCUACACUACCUUGGGAACAUUUAGCUGCUGACAUUUUUGAGUUCGGAGGAAAACAGUAUCUAUUGAUAGUUGAUUAUUAUUCUAAAUUUGUAGAAAUCUCUUUACUAACGAAUUUACAAAGCAAGACAGUAAUUAAUGUUAUGAAGGGCAUAUUCAGUAGAUUUGGCAUACCUAAAAAGAUUGUGACUGACAACGGGACACAGUUCACAUCAGAUGAUUUUAAAAUUUUUAGUAAGGCUUGGGGGUUUGAACAUGUUACCAGCUCUCCUCAUUACCCAAGAUCCAAUGGACUCGCGGAGAGAAACGUUAGGACCGUAAAAUCAAUAUUAAUUAAGUCACACGAAACAGGUGAAGAUUGGCAACUGGCGCUUCUUAAUUUUAGGAAUACACCAAUUACCGGAGAGAAGUAUUCGCCUGCUCAGCUCUUAAUGAGCCGUAGGCUUAAUACUAGGUUACCUGUUCACCAAGAUGUUCUACGUCCGAAAACCGUCAACGCUCGCUUAGUAAAGGAAAAUCGAUUAAAGAAAUGUGAUAAAGUAAAAGAGUAUUAUAACAAGGGUACUAAACCAUUAACAUCACUAAAACCGGGUGAAACGGUACGAAUGAGGGAUAAAAAAACAUGGGAAAAAGCUAAAGUUAUGGCUAGAGCACGUGGUGAGCGUUCGUAUUGGCUAGAAACUAAAAAUGGACGAGUUUUGCGCCGUAACAGGCAGCAUAUUAUGAAGUUACCGACCAAAUUAACGGCGUUGGAUCGUCGCUGUAAGGCAAAAACACAUCAAAGAAAUGUGAGUAAGCAAUUAGACUGGGAUGAUUUCAAAGAUACUGAGACAAAUUCACUACCGCGCGGAACUAGCGAACGAUCGCCACCGCCAGUGAAUGAGCGGUUUUCGCCCAUAUAUAUCACUCGAAGUGGGAGAGUUGUUCGCCGUCCAGAACGCUUUGAGAUUAAUAAUUAA